ACUUGACUUUCCAUUACUUCCAUUACUCACAUGCAUCCCUAAAGUAGUACUCUAUCCCCCAUCCUUCAGCUCUUGGUCCCCUCAAUUCUUUGCGCAACCCCCUUUCGGCUGCCUCUCUCUCUCUCGCGCUCUAUCUCUUCUCUCCCUCUUUACCCUCUAUUCUUCUUUGCAUCUUCAACUGCGUUGAUCGCAUUCAUCACUUCUCUUCUCCAGCUCAGCGCAUCUUUCCUCAUUAUUGCCAAUCGCCGUUUUCGCAUUGCACGUGUCGCAAUCAAACAUGGCCAAACAACCUUCAGCUCUCAGCCAGGUCCUUCCUCUCAUCAUCGUCUUCGCUCUGCUCAGCGUAGGCGGUUGGGUCGGCUACCAAGUCUACAUCAGCGUCGCCAAGAUGUCCGAUGCUGCGUCCGAGCGUAUGGGCAAGAAGAACGUUGUUUUCACAAAGGAUGGUGUAAAGGUCGGCGUCAAACAAAUCAAGAACGAGAACUAUGUCGAUGCGACGCAGAGCUGGUUCGUCAAGGCGUGGAAUCUAGGCACGACAUCAGAUGCUAGUCAGAGCAAGAAACAAAAGUAAACUCGAUCGCCACUCCGUCACGAAUUUUCUAUCUUGAUUCGAACAUGCUAGGGGCAUGGGUAGCACGCACGCACGCAGACAUCCAUAGGACUAUUCAACGAAUUUCUUUCACUGGGAAAGUUUCUUUAAACUUGAUUCAUAUUACGCCAGAUAUCCGGUUGCAAAAUUGCUCUAUAAUACAACACAUUGCACUUGAAAAC